GACUGUACAGUUCAGUAACACUGAUACACAACCCUUUCCAUAUCCCUCCUUUUUGUAUAAAAACAUACGACAGUCUAAUACUUAUCAUCACACUUCUCUCCUCCGUCUUCAGUACAACAGCAACUCCUAGUUCUACAAUGAAAAUCGCAAUUAUCGUAGCGAUCCUCGUGGCUCUCGUUGCCGCUCAGCAGGAGCCAGUGGCCAUCGUCUCAUCCAAUAGCGAAACGAACGCAGAUGGAAGUUAUACUUAUGCCUUUGAGACCGCUGAUGGAACCAAAGUUGAAGAAAGUGGCAGCCAGAAACAAGUUGGUCCAAAACCUGAAGACAUUGGAACAGUGUCCAGGGGAUCCUACUCCUACACUUCUCCGGAUGGCGUUGUGAUCACCGUUAACUGGGUAGCUGAUGAGAAGGGAUUCCAGGCUACAGGUGACCAUCUACCAACUCCUCCCCCGAUGCCCGAACAUGUCGUCAAACUCUUGGCUGACUUGAAAGCUGCUGGCGCUCUGUAAUCGACUCUGGAUAAUCUAUAAUCUAUAACUUUUUUGUGUUUGUAUCUGUAAAUAAUUUUUCCAAACACUGUUCCAGUGUACAUAGAAAGCUUGCAUUCAGGGUUGGGAUGUAUCAUAUGAAAGCUAUUGCGUGUUAUUGUCUUUAAGAAAAAUAAAUACAUUUCAGUUCUAUUCAAAA